AUGGCCGCUCCUUUUGGCUUCCUGCUGAAAAUUGUGGAGUGCUUGCAGAGUGGGCGGCGAGGCUUGACUGGUUCUGCGCCCGGCUUCUCGCAGCUUCCUGGGGAGGGGUCAGGCCGCGGCGAAGGGGGGACAGAUCCUGACGGCGGCGGCAGCGCCAGUGUGAGCGGCAAGGACAAGGGGGAGUGGGGCGAGGGCGGCGAGCUGGUCGCCUUCUCCGACCUCAAAUUCAGCCGCGUCAUCGGCGAGGGGUCAUUUGGGCGUGUGUUCCUGGGUAAGUGGCGUGAGACGACGGUGGCCAUCAAGCUGUUGAGCCAGCCGCUGGUGCCUCCAGUCUCCAACGGCAUAUGGGAGAUUGGUGAAGGGCAAGACAGCUUCACUAUGGGCCACAGACACAAUAGAGGCGCGAAGCAGGCGGCGAACCUGCUGGAGGAGCUACGGAAGGAGGCACGGCUGAUGGCGGUGCUGCGGCACCCCAACAUUGUCAUGUUCCUGGGCGCCUGCUCCUCACCGCCCUGCAUGGUCACCGAGUUCUGCGCUCGCGGCUCCCUCCUCGACAUCCUCUCCCGCGCCAGCGACACUCCGGCGGCCGCGGCAGAGUUGGGCUGGAACCGUCGGCUGAACAUGGCGCUGGAGGCGGCCAAGGGGAUGCUGUACUUGCACUCGCGCGCAGAGGCCGUGCUGCACCGCGACCUAAAGUCGGCCAACCUGCUCGUGGACAAGCACUGGCGCGUCAAGGUCGCCGACUUCAACCUCUCCCGCGUCAUGAACGCCUCCGCCGUUGUCUCCUCAGUCUCCGCCACCAACCCCAGGCGCGCCCUAACUCCCUCAUGUUAUGGGUGGAUGGCACCCGAGGUGCUGGCGGGGAAGAGCUACGACUGCGCCGCGGAUGUGUUCUCCUUUGGAAUCAUUCUGUGGGAGCUGCUCACCUGGCGCAUCCCCUGGGAGGACCUCGGCCCCUGGCAGGUGGUGAUUCUGGUAGUGGACCAGAUGCAGCGGCCGGAGCUGCCCGCGGAUCCUGCCCAGCUGCCCGGGCGGCCGAUGCGCCACAUCAGCACCUACCUGGACCUCAUAGCGCUCAUCGAGGCGGAGAGCCAGCCGGUGAAGGUGGCUUCCAGUCAGGUAGCAGCUGCCGAGCACCUUCCAGGAGCUUCCUUGCUGCACCAGUCUGAUGCAGCACCUUCCACUUCCCUGGCAGCUGCUAGCUCUCAACCUGCCCUUUAA